AUCUCCCAGGAUGCCGCGCGGGGCAGCCAAUAUGGCGGCGACCACCGCCUUUUGCAAGGUUUGUAUUUAAUAUGCUGCAGGGGGCCGGCCCAAUACAGGCUUGUACUGCUAAAUCUGGCGACGCGGAGUUUGAUCCCUGGAUUCGAGACACCCAAAAGUUGUGCUCCAUCUUCCACAAGUCGCCUUGUCAGCCUCCUUCCCUUCCCGAGGCGUUAGGUCCGUCUCUGCACCACAUUGUGGGAGUCGGAAUCGAACCCAGAUCCUAAGAUCCUGGACAGAGAGACGCUGAACUAUCCAUCUCUCCAGCCCACCCUUUUAUUUAUUUCUUUACUUCUGAUUUUCUUUAAUGAUUACCCUCCAUGUUGCUUGUCCUCCCAAGCCCUCGUCCACAUAGACACACCCUACCUGUUUUACAUCCUGUUCUUUAAGGACCUGGCCUGGGAGACCAAUGAAAGGAAGGCAAACCAUAGAGACGCCACUUAGUCCUCCAGGGCGCAUAGAGGGACCGAGGAUGGGCUCCGCCUCUCUCUGCAUCCGGAGCAGGCGGGGGAUGAUGACGCACUUCCGGCCUCGUUUGUUUUCUUCGUCUGUCGCGCCAUGCCAGGGCGUGCGCUGUCGCGGCUGCGUUUCGGGGAGACAGUGGCCUUGCGCCCCUCUUUCUGGAAAGCUCAUCGGGGUUUCGGGGUCUCGGAGGACGGAUCCGAGGCUGCGAUGGCGGCGGCCUGCGCGGUGGUGGUGGCGGUGAAGGCGGAAGGGGAGGAGGAAGAGAAGGACCCCGGGGACUGGCGGGACCCCGAAACCUCCCGGAGACGCUUUUGGCGGCUGCGCUCCGGGGACGUGUCCGGCCCGGAGGAGGCGCUGAGCCGCCGGCGGGAGCUGUGCCGCCGCUGGCUGCGGCCCGAGCGGCGCUCCAAGGAGCGGAUGCUGGAGCUGCUGGUCCUCGAGCAGAUCCUCAGCCUCCUCCCGCGCCGGCUGCGGGAACCUGUGCGUCGCCGGCGCCCCGAGAGCGGGGAGGAGACGGCGGCCUGGGCGCGCGCCCUGCACCCGGCCUCCCCACAGGGCACCCCGACUUUCAAGGCCAAGGCUGGAUCUCUGACUAGGGGAGAGUGGAGCAGCUGUCCGUGGCCUGGAACUGCUCUCGUGGAGAGAGUGCAGAGGACGGCCAGGCUGGACCUGGAGAUCUGAGCUGCCUGGAAUCCUGACCUGAUCCCAAAGCAAGAGGAGGACUGGAAGGAGGACGCUGAGCCUGCGCAGGCCUGCCUACAAGGCUCACACUGGGACACUGCCCCCGAACAGGAAGAGAAACCACCUAAAAAUGCUGUUCCACCACAGGGGGAUGGUGAGUUCAAGGCCAGUCUGGGCCGCAGGGUAGGAUUCUCAUGUGACGCUGGCAUGAACUCUUCCUCCUGCUCCUCAGCAUGUCCUUUGUCUUGGAGAACAGCACCGUUUCUGCGGUGAGUGUGCGCCCUCGCUGGGUGUGGCAUGUGCCAGUCUGGAGUGGGCAGGGGGACGGUCCCCUAUCCUACCUGGGCUGACCAACACACACCCCUGUGACAGGGCCACAAGUGCUGCAUGAUGCUCUUCAGGUACAAUAACCACAGCGGCCUGAGCUUCGUGUCCAAGCUGGACAUCCCCAAGCAAAGCGUCCAGCACAACGUGGACAAGAGGGCCACCACUGAGGACUGAAACUCCACAGCCCUGGAGAUGCUGCACCAGAACAGCAUCACGUGGGUCCGGGUUGCAGUCGUAGGGAUGGUUGUGAGUCACUGUGUGGGUGCUGGGACUUGAACUCAGGACCUCUGGAAGAGCAGCCGGCACUCUCACCCUCUGAGCAGUCCCUCCAGCCCCCCUGACCUUGAACUUGUAACCUCCAGCCUCCACCUUCAGAUGGCUAGGGCUCCAUGCAAGCACCAGCACCCAGUGUAUGUGGCAUUGGGAACCCAGCCAGGGCCUGGUAUAGUCUCAGGCCUACCUGCUGGGCCACAUCCCAGGUGAGUGAGCCCUCCCGCUCUGGGACAGGGUCUUGUCAUGUGGCCCUGAGGGAUCUGGAGCCCAGUGCACCCCCAGCCAAUUGUUGGUGCAGGGCUUGGGGGGGUUGGCCUCACUCCUUCCACAGACCUUAUGGUCUCACUCUUCUUUUAGCCAGGUGUCCAUUUACAAGAUAGAUCAGGACUGUCACAAAUUCUGCACUACUGUCGUCGACAGGGCCAUGACGAUCAGGGAUUUCAAGGGAACGUGAAGGCCACCAUGGGUGUUGAUAUCCUGAUAGGAGCCACAGGUCGAAAGAGAGCAGUAUGUCCCUUUUGUCAGAGCAAGAAAAAUGUUUUGCUGGAUAAGAACUAUUUCACUAAUUCUGGAUGAAUGCUAUUUUUGUUUACCUGGACGCCAGCAUUGGUGCUGAUAUCCUGACAUCACAGGUCGAUGGAGUGCCAUAUGUCCCUUUUGUCAGAGGCAAGGAAAAUGAGUUCUCUUGCUGUAUAAGAAUUGUCUCACAAAUUCUUGAUGAAUGUUGCUUUGUAUUUCGGUGUGUUUGUUUUUGUUUGUUUGUUUGUAACCCUAUAAGUCCUUGUAUAUACUCCAUCUUGAGAUGGACAAAGAUGCUCAUUUUUGGAUAUAUGUGCUCCCUACUGACUAGUUUAAACCAUUAGAAAAACCUGCUUAUUUUCUUCACAUCUAUUUAUGUUCACUUACAUAGUUAUGGUAUUUAGUUAUGGUGUUUCAAUGUCAGUACAUAGAUGUAUAUCAGUAUUUUUUACUGCAUCCCAAUGUUUCAGCCAUUUGAAAGAGGAAAUAUUGAGUAGAAAAUCUUUAUAAAGUACUUUAAAAUUUGGUAGAGUUUUGCUAUGCCAUUUAAUACUGUAAAAUUAAACAUGUUAAACUACGCAAUUUACAGAAGGUACGGUUUACUAUCAAAAUUCAAUCAUUUAAAGAAAUAGGCAUUCUAAUUUUACAUGAUCUGUUUAUGGUUAUCAUGUGUCCAAGGUAUACUACAUAUUUAAUCAUGAGAUUUACCGAGUAUCUUGCAGGUUGUUUCAGUUACAAUUCUAUGUGUCUUUAGCUUAGCAUUUACUAUAUACUAAUAAGCAAGUAUCCUCCUCUGUAGGCAUCAGUGCUGUCUGACUUUUUUGUGCAUGAAGUUUUCUGACUAUCUCAAUAAAGCACAUGCCCUUUAAAAACCUAUGAUUGGUUCUAAGGUUCACAGUGUUAAUGACAUCUCCAUGCUGCCUUUUUCAGGUGGAACUUUGAUAGGUUAAAAGCAUUUGGAAUUAAUAAAUGGGGAUAAAUAUACAUUUCACCAUGUUUUACACCAAGUAUAUCAACUCUUGCACACAUAUUAUUACAUUAAGCUGAACAAUAACAUCCAUGUUGCUACUCCAAUGGCCAAAUUUUAGGGGUCACUUACUAUGGCCUUCAUUUAAUGUUUGGCAUCAAUUAUUCUGACCUGCGGGAGUUCAAUGGGGUCUUAAAGAGGGGGUGAAAAGAAUGGGGUAGGACAAAGAGACAUGAAGAAUGAAGCCAAGUCUGUUUGUCUGAUCAAGGCCUCAUUUAUUUGAAAUUUUUACACAGCUAUAUAGGGAGAAGGCAGGAAAGGGGGAAGGCUAAUAUCCUGCUGUGGAAGAUAGCAAAAGGGUUUUAUGGUUUGAGAUCCCUCCUGCAAGAUACCUUAAGAAUGUUUCCUUAAGAUAUUUCAAGGAUGCUCCAAGACUAAUGAGCAGAUGUUCUCACAUAAAUCUAUCACCCAUGACCUAGGGUCCUAGUGAAGCUGUUGUUAACUUUUCCACUAAUUGGCUUUGGCUCCACUAAGUGGCUUUGGCUCCACUAAGUGGCUUUGGCUAACUAAUUGGCUUUGGCUCCACUAAAUGGCUUUGGUUCCCGGCAAUCAAUCUGUCUUUUUUUGUGAAUCAGUCUAGUACUUGAGUAUUUCUUUUUCUCUCCAGUAUGAUUCUUUGCAAUGUGCUUCUUGCUUUUAUUUUUAAUUCAUGAAUAAUAUUGGCAAACUUCAUUAAUAAUGGAUAGUCUUUAUUACUCAAAUUAAAAAAAUAAUUUUAGUUGCAAUACAAUUACUUCAUUUACCCCCUUCCUCACUCUGGACAAGUGGUUCUCAACUUGUUGGUCUUGAACCCUUUGGAGAUGGCAUAUUAGAUAUCUUCCUAUCAGAGACUUACAUUAGAAUUUAUAACAGCAACAAAAUUACAGUUAUAAAGUAGCAAUGAAAUAAUUUUAUAAUAAUAAACCAUAAUAACCAUAAAAUAAUUUUAUGGUUGUAUCCUAUACAACAUGAGUAAUUAUAUUAAAGUGUUAACCACUGAUGUAUAUCCUAUCAGCUACACUUCUUCAAACUUGAGUCUUCUCAUGACUCUCAAGUUGAUCACUUCUGGAAAAAAAAAGCCUAUUUCUCCAAUCUAUUCCCAAUACUUCCCUUCCUAAGUGACCUCUUCCUUUCUAUUACAUUUUAAAUAUUCUUUUAACUUAACAGAUUCCUGCUUUGGGAAUUGAGGCUGUGUUUUAAAACUAUGCACCCUUUGAAAUGUAGUAUUGACAUCAGUCUUGUAAGUAUCCACUGAAUACCUGUUCUGUUAGGUCGAGACCUAUCCCAGGAGAAUCCAUAUUUACCCACAUGGAAGCCUGUGAGGAGUUCACCACCGAUGGAUUAUACCGAACCUUGCUGUGCCAGGGUUCCAUAAAACUCAGACAGAACAAGAAAAAAAACAACAUCUCUCCUUUUUCAGUUCUGUUUUGGUUGUGUCUAAUAACCUGUGAAUAUGUCCCUCAUGGCUGCUGUACUAUUAGAGGCUAUACUUUGAUUAGGCUUUACUGUACGAAAAUAAAAGUUUUUGAUUUA